AAAUAAAUAAAAAAAGAAAAGAAACAAUGACAGAAGGUUAGGAGCUAAUAAUCCCAGAGAAAAAGAACAUACGUAUCUCGAGUCUUGAGUUUCCGAAGCACUUACGACGAUCAAAUUAGCGUUCCCUACAAAUGCGGCAUUGUCGAUGAAGUUCAGAACAUUUUCGUUAUACAAGAAUGUCCAGUCCGACUUCUAAAGCUACUUGGACACCUGGGUUCCAUGGUAUAUUUGUUGAUUUGUGCCUUCGAGAAAUGCUGAAGAAUGAACCCGGGUCGACGCGAAUUACUAAGGUGGGUUGGAGGAACAUUGUUGGAUCCUUUUAUGCCAAGACUGGUGUGAGAUAUGAAAAAAAGCAAUUUAAGAAUCACUAUGAUUCUACUAGAAAACUAUGGAAAGUCUGGGUCAAGUUGACUGAUGAUAGCAACAUGAAGUGGGAUCCAGAAACGCGGACGUUUGGUGCUUCUGAGGAAGACUGGCAAAAUUAUAUAAAGAUUAAUAAUAAUGAAGCCAAGUUUUCACAGGCAACCCCAGAAGCUGCUCAGUUUCAGUCUAAGGAAAUCCAGUUUACAGACAAACUCGAUAUCAUCUUUGACGGAGGAAAUCGAGUCGAGGAAAUGAAAAGGUGGGCCAGUCUCAAAUGGCAGAAUGAUGCUUCAGCUACAUCUCCUUUGCGUAGAAAAGAGCGAGAGAAGAAACGCAAGCAUGUUGGUAGGGAUUAUGAAUCAGAUAGUACCAUUAUGGUUGGCUGUUCUCCAACACCAAAAGCUUCUUGGACACCUGCAUACCAUAAAAUGUUUGUUGACUUGUGCAUCGAAGAAACGUUGAACGGGAACAAGAAUGCUACACAUUUUACCAAGGAGGGCUGGAGGAAUAUUGUCGGAUCCUUUAAUGCAAAGACUGGUAUGAGAUACGAUAAGAAACAAAUUAAAAAUCAUUAUGAUUCAACUAGGAAACUAUGGAAAAUCUGGGCUAAGUUGAUUGGUGAUGAUAAGAUGAAAUGGGACCCUCAUACCAAUACGUUUGGUGCUUCUGAGGAAGAUUGGCACAAUUAUAUAAAAGCAUUCCCAGAAGCUGCACAAUUUCGGUUUAAGGAGCUCCAGUUUUCUGACAAAUUACGUGUAGUCUUUGAUGGAGCUAUGCCAACUGAGGAAAUGGUAGCAAUGAUUAAGAGGCAAAAUGAUGCCUCAGCUACAUUGCGUGGAAAAGAGAGGGAGAAGAAACGUAGGAAUGUUGGUCGGGAUAGUGGAUUAAAGAGUGCCAUUAUGGUUAAUGCCAUCCCAAUCAGUACAGUUCCAAGUGAGCAGAGCAUGUCCAGUUCAUCACAUCCCAAGGUCAAAGCUGCAUGGACUCCUACGGUGCACAAGAUCUUUGUUGAUCUAUGUCUGCAGGAGACGUUACAAGGGAAUAAGCCCGGGACACAUUUUACAAAGGAAGGUUGGAAAAACAUUAUGGAAACAUUUUAUGCAAAAACUGGUUUAAAUUAUGGUAGAUUACAACUUAAGAAUCACUGGGAUUCUACCAAGGAACAAUGGAAAAUUUGGUGUAAGCUUAUUGGCACCAGUUACAUGAAAUGGGACCCAUCUAACCUGAGGUUUGAGGCUAGUGAAGAAGAUUGGAACAACUAUUUACAGGAAAAUCCAGAAGCUUCACAAUUUCGCUUAAAGGAGCUACAAUUCACUGACAUGUUGGAAGCCAUCUUUAAUGGAACUACUGUUACUGGAGAGACUGAACCUACGGCUCAACAAAGGAAAAGUGAUGAUAGUGUUAUUACUUUCCCUUUUCACACAAAAGAACCUGAUACUGUCAACUUUGACGAGAAAACUGAAUGUCAUUGUGAUGCGGUUGCAUCAAGAAUUGGUGUAAGUAUUCAAAAGAAUGCUAGUGCAGUUUCAUCCACUGAAGGCAAAUGCAAUUAUAGCAUCGGUGAGUGCAUUGAAUGCCUUGAUAGAAUGGAAGAAAUAGAACAAGGAAGUGAGCUCUACAUGUUUGCUUUAGAUGUAUUCCUUAAGCAGGAAUAUAGGGAAAUUUUUCUGCAAUUGAAAACGGCUAAUCUGAGGAUCUCGUGGUUGCAGCGGCUUCAGUCUAGCGGUCCGCCUCCGGUCUAGGCCAUUGUCAUGCUUUCGGUAUAUAUUUUUUUAUAGUACCUCAUAGAACAUGGUGGCUAGGCAAAGUGGUCCGUUCCUUGUAAUAUGACGAUAACAUAAAUUUUCAAGGGGUUUCCUAAACGAGACUAUACUUGGAAGUUUAAAACUGUA